CUCUUGGUAAUCUGAUUAGCAGUAGCAUUGGACUGUCUGUCUCUGUGUAGCCAUUACAACCUCUACUGUGCAUUUAUAGUAUUGAGGACAACAGGAAUUAGCUGCAGACCCAGACGCAGACGCCACAAUUAAAGUGUUUGGAUUGUUAGUUCUGCCAUGACCAACGGUUUGAGCCGCCAUGCCUGUGUUUUACUCGCCUGUACCGGAGAACCUGCAGAUGGGCCUUGCCUACAUGGGAGGCUCCGUGUUCACAAACAACAGGACAAUGGACAGUGACUUCAACAGGGAGCAGGAGGAUGCAUCUGUGGUCAACGAGUUGGUUUCUCACCUUCCUCUUCAAAUGCUCUUGUACUUCAACCUGUUUUACUUUCCUUGUUGGUGGUUUUCUGCUGUGUUCAUGUUGGAAGUGAAAUAUUACCAUCUUCCUGGAUACUACCAGGCUCUGCUCAUAACUGGGUUGGUUCUUGUCACAGUGAUUGAAGUGAUCCGACUCUACCUGGGCUACAUUGGCAACCUUAAAGAAAAGGUGCCAGCCCUGGCAGCCUUCUGGCUCCUGUCUUUCACGUUCCAGCUGCCGGUGCUGUUGUUCUUCAUCACAGAUGAAGGCGUUAUCAUCCUGCCUCUGGAGAGAGCCGUCCACUCCAUCUAUCUUAUUUUCCUGCUCUCCCAAAUCAUGGCUUCCUUCUUGGCGCUGAGGACGAUGACCCGAAAGCUCACUCUUCUCUUCCACCUGCGGCAGCUUGGCAAGGUGGAGAGCAUGCGGCAUACAGAGAUGAGCCCCAUCUACGGGCUUCCCUAUAACCGCAGUGUGCUUCCAGUUUCACCCACCCAUUAAAGACAGGCAACAGUCUUUCUUACAUGACUCUGGUUUUAGUAAAACAUCCUCUGUGUGUAUUUUUUUUUUACAAUGGUAGCGUACUUGCCCACAAAAAGAGUUUGAUAAGAAAUGACAACUUCAGAGUUAGCAUCCUUAGCAAUUGACUUGUUUUUAUUGUAUCCCACAGAUUGUAUGGGUUGUUCUGCAGUAUCUGCAGGUGUGCUUAAAUAGAUGGUAAACAUAGUUUCAGCACCAGUGAAAAUGACAAAGGCUGAAAUGAUGUCAAACUGUCAAAACCUGAUUUGGCUUUUAAGGUGAAAUGGGAAAUAUGAUCAAACAACAAGGCUCUGAUGACAAAAAAACCUUUGUCAUUAGACAAAGGUUUUUUUUUUUGUUUUGUUUUUUUUCUUUAAUCUUGAUGAAUGACACAGGAUGAAAAUUUGCCAGAACCUGAUUUUUUGCCAAGGCAGAUCUAAUUUUUGUCUUGCUCCUUAGACAAGAGUUCAAAGCAACCUGCUCUGGCUUUUCUAAACAAAAGUGUUUUUUCUACAGUUGUGCCAUAUUUAUUGGCAGAUCUUUCAUUGUAGAAACGUUUGAGUAACAGGAACAUUUUUUAUUUGAACUGAAGUUGAUCAAGGCAUCUUAAAAAUUGUACUCAGUAAUUGAGAACAUCCUGUUUCCCCUGUCGUCUUGUGAUUUUUUUUUCACUAAUUUGAAAUCUACUGAAAUUAAAGAUAAAUUUUUCAAAACAUGGCAAAUUAACCUGAUCUUGUUUUGUAACUGAGUAACUGUAGUCAAGUUCAAACUCAACAAUGAAAAAUGUGUUUUUCUUUUUUUGUUUUUUCCUAAAUUAAAACAUGUAUUUAUUUUGAUACUUUUCACACAUAUUCAGCAGAAGUCCAAUAAAUGUGACCUUGACUGUUUCAGAAAU